UUUCUGAAUAUGAAAAAUGUUACCUCAUUUGGAGAAAUUUUUUAGAUCCGUGAUUCUGGCUUGGUUUACGCAUUAGUUUGUUCAAUUUUUGAUGGCCUCUCUCUCUUUCUUCUCAAACAUUCAUUUCUCCAUUUCUUCAUCAUUCAAUGCCUCUUCCUCAUACUCUUGUUACAUUAAUAUAUUUGUGACAUUCGUAGUAGAUUGAGCUUUGUUUCAUUAAUAUUUUUGUGACAUUUGUAAAAGAUUGAGUAGGCUAUGACUUUAAUUUUACUCAAAAUAAUGAUACCUUAAAAACAUGUCAAUAUGUGUCUACAGAGUCCUGCUUUUUCUGUACUCUUUUACAUUCCUUUUGCAACUAUAAUACUCCUUUCUUUCACGUUCAUUAGAUUUUGAAAUUCUUUUCAUUCUAAUUAAGCCAUUUUGUAAGAAAUUGUUCACCUCUUCAUAUACGAAAUUUGUGGAGUGGGUUAUGGGUCUUCUUGAUUAUUUGUUUGGGAAUGGAGGUAGAAGGUUUAUCAAGAGAAAAGAUAGCGAUGCUGGUGAAGCAGGUAGGGCACUGGAAGAGCUCAGAGGUUCUCUCUACAAUGAGCUUCGAACAUCAGAAGGAGCCAAGCGUCAACAACAGCGAUUCUGUGGUCCAGUUAUGGCAAUGACCUUCAAUUUCAUGGUUGCUGUUGGAAUAAUAUUGGGAAACAAACUCGUCAUGGGAAGAGUUGGAUUUAAAUUUCCCAUUUUCCUAACGCUCAUCCAUUACUGCUGUUCUUGGAUAUUACUCGCCAUCUUCAAGGCUUUGUCAUUACUUCCAGCUGCUCCUCCUGCUAGAACAACACCAUUUUCUUCACUCUUUUCGUUGGGCGUUGUGAUGGCUUUUGCCUCUGGCCUUGCCAAUGCUAGUCUGAGUCAUAACAGUGUGGGUUUCUAUCAGAUGGCUAAAAUUGCGGUUACUCCAACCAUUGUCAUUGCAGAGUUCUUUCUUUUCAAGAAGAAAGUAUCCUUUCACAAAGUUCUGGCUUUGGCUGUCGUGUCAGUAGGCGUUGCAGUUGCAACUGUCACGGACUUGGAAUUUAAUUUCUUUGGGGCUUGUAUUGCACUAGCAUGGAUUGUUCCAAGCGGUGUAAACAAAAUUCUUUGGUCAAAUCUCCAACAACAAACGAAUUGGACUGCUCUUGCGUUGAUGUGGAGGACGACUCCAGUGACAAUUUUCUUCUUGGUACCACUGUCGCCUUUGCUAGACCCUCCAGGAGUGCUAUCUUUCAAGUGGGACAUCAACAAUACGAGUGCUAUUCUCAUCUCAGCCUUACUCGGUUUCCUCUUGCAAUGGUCUGGAGCUUUAGCACUUGGAGCUACAUCAGCUACGUCACACGUUGUUUUAGGACAAUUCAAGACUUGUGUGAUCCUUCUAGGAGGAUAUUUCCUGUUUAGCUCAGAUCCAGGGUGGACGAGUAUAUGUGGUGCCGUUACAGCUCUUGGUGGAAUGACAGUAUACACAUCCCUCAGCUUAAAGGAAUCGAGAGAAAAGGCGAGUGAUCAACUCCCAAAGCAUAGUUUACCUCCUCAAAAACUCAAGAGUACUGAAGAUGAUGACAACUCCAGAUACACACCUCCAGACCAAACUCCUGCUGUCGUCUAAGUUUACUCCUUUUUUUGUUGGUACAUAAGUUAGAUCUAUUUUUUUACUGUGAAAAACAGGGUUGUGGGAGAGCAAUACAAGUGUCGUGCUGCUAAGCAAAGCAGCUUGUUGAUC